AACGGAAGAAGAUUCGCGAAUAGAUUUGUGUAGUGAACCUGUAGAUAUUUAGCAUCUCCAUAAAAUUAAGGAAAAACAAGGAAAGCUUCUACUGUACAACUCCCUCUCACUGACCUCAAGAUGUUUAACAGACAGACAAGUCUCUGGAUGGGUGAUUUGGACCCAUACAUGGAUGAAAGCUUUAUCAAGCAGGCCUUCAGUGCUAUGGGAGAAUCACCCUUUGGAGUCAAGAUCAUCACUCACAGGAUAACAGGGGGUUCAGCAGGAUACUGCUUUGUGGAGCUGGCAGACGAAGCGAGUGUCGACCGCUGUGUCCAAAGACUGAAUGGAAAACUGGUCCCUGGAUCAAACCCGCCCCGGAAGUUUAAGCUUAACUAUGCCACGUACGGGAAGCGACCAGAGGCAGGGCCGGAGUUCUCUGUGUUUGUGGGCGAUCUGGCCUCUGAGGUGGACGACUUCCAGCUUCACCAAGUUUUCAAAAAGUACCUUUCCUGCAAGGGAGCCAAAGUGGUCACUGACCAGUAUGGAUACUCCAGAGGUUAUGGCUUUGUCAAGUUUGGAGAGGAGAGCGAGCAGAAGAAGGCGAUUGAGGAGUGCCAGGGUACGAUGCUCGGGGGGAAGCCGCUCAGACUGAGUAUAGCUGUGGCAAAGAGCCAGAAGAUGAGCAGCUACCACGGGAGCCAGGGCCAGAAUUACAACAGCAACUACAACCAGUCCCCGUCCAGUUACUACGGCAGCAAUAAUAGCGGGGGUCAGGGGGGUUACUACUCUCAGUGGGGGGGCUAUGACCAGUACAGUGGUUACAACACUGGCUACAACACUGGCUACAAUAGUGGCUACAACUACAACUACGGGCCCUAUGGAUACCCCCCUCCAGGCAACGUGAUGCCCCCACCUCCCACGGGGGUGCCACCCACAUCCACUGACAUGUCCGCUGUAGAGCAGAGCCACGAGGAGACUGAAGGUGUAGAUGAGGAAAAUACUGAAGAGCCCAUAGCAGAAUGUGACGUGGAGCAGUGGAACAAAGAUUUUAUGCAGCGCAGUGAGGAGCUCUACGAUGCCAUGAUGAGCUGUCACUGGGAACCCCUGGACUCUGUUAACUCGCCUAUUCCCUCCCUGUCUUGAUGGUUCCCCACCCUUCUACUGACCCACACCUGACCCUUCAAAUAUUUAAUCGUCUAUGGUUUUUUGUACUACCCAUAAUCUGCCACGGCCUAACAGCAGACAGAGGAUCUUGUUCCUCUUUAAUCACUGACGUCCACACAGACACUCACUGAGUCAUAUUACUGAUUCUCAACGUGCUCUCUCUCUGAGGAACAGACACAGUAACUAAAACAGACUGAAUGCCUCUUGUCAAUACUCACCUUGUGAUAAUGUCAGUGAAAGAAAAGCUCACUUUCAUCCUCUCCAGAUGAGCCGUGUUAAAUGGUGACACCAGCAGAAGAUAACCUUAUUAUGUGUGAUGACCCCAACUGUAAGAAAGAUUGUCUAGAAGACAAAAGUUACGACUUAAUGCCUUAAUUGUCUUUGGCCAUGAACUUCUCCAUCUAAGAGCGUCAGUAGAAUGAUAUUGUAGACGCAGAAAAUCAUUCUUUCUUUUUCCUGGGAAGGAAAUGUCACCGGCUUUAAAUGUGUCUGAUUGGUCUUCUAAGUGGAGGUAUAUGAAUACGAUGCUUCUCAGUAUAACCAACAGAAUGCAAUCACCACUCUAUCAUCAUCAUCAUCAUCACUGUUUUCCAGACAAGAAGCUGUAGAUCUUUCUAUGUUAAAGACACAUGGUACAACCCGAUCGUUCAGAGCGGACGUCCAGGCAGCAUUUCUCUCCUGCUGUUGUUAUGUUUUGUAGAUAUUUUCUUUCCUGAGACGUUUAAUCAAUAAAACACAUUUAGGAGGAGCAUGUUCUUGUGUUUUCAGAGGAGAGUGAACAUGGAAGUGUUCCUCCUCAGAGGCUGAUGGAGUUUUGCGUCACUAUUUUAAGAACUUUUUAUUAAACAUAUGAAGGUAUCUUAUUUGGUUUCACAUCUGCACUCCUGAGAAUAUGUAGAGAUAAUUUCAGGAGGACUGCUCUGGAUGUUUUCUUGACCUGACUGUUCACAUAUGCUCCUCACAGAGGGAGAGGGGGGGCGGGUGUCCCUGAGACUAUCAGAGAGCAGAUUACUUCUUAUCAUCUAAAACAGCUGCUGAGGGGAAGGUGACGGAUGAAUUGAUCAACAGCACGCUGCACAAACAGUUUCUUGUUUUAUUAGAUUUUCUCACAGCAAAGAUUCCCGCUGAGUGAAACAUUUGACUGUUUAAAAGAACAGGAAGAGGUUUUGUUAAGAAGCCAUACUAACCCCAUGUACCUUACAAAACAGAAAAUACUAUUUGUACACAAGGGGGCGCCAAAAUUGACAAAUGAAAAGUUACUUUCAGCAGCUUUAAAGAAAACAAUAGAAAGACAAAAAAAGGGAUACAUCUCUCACUGGAUCUCCAAUUGAAUGUUUAAUAAUUCUAACCAGCUGCUGCUCAAAACGCUCUGAAUCUUUUUCUUUUUUUUUCUGUAUCUUUACUAAAUCUAAGCGGUCUGUUGUAAACUUUCUUUGUCCCUGAUGAAAGCUUGUUUCUUAAGAUAUACUUCCUCACAACUUCAGACCUCAAAGGAUUUAGACUCACCGUUCUUUUGGUAUCCAAAGAUUGACUGAAAAAAACAUCCUUCAUCUUUAAUCACGUUACCCAAGCUAGGCCUGGUCUCCCAGUUAUCCUGCACACCCUCUGAAAUAGUCUACAUGUUAAUUCACUACCGUGUUUAUUCAUCCAGUGCUCAUCGUUUCAUUCAGAAUAAAAAGGCUUCAUUCA